AUGCAAGAAAUAACAUUGAAGGAAAAUAUGCCCAUACACAAUACAUUUCGAGAAUAUAAUGAAUUUAAAUAUGAACAUGUACAUGUAGAAAAUACUCUAUCACCAUUCUUCGAAUCCUUUCAAUUGAAAAGGAGUGACCAUGGAAGUUACAUAAUUAUUAUUGAUUAUAAGAUAGUGCCAAAAAUAAAAAAAAAACUUUUUAAAAUUAUAGCUUUUCUUCUAAACAAUAAAGAAAAUGGAAAGUCAUCACAAAAUGUACUAAAUACAAGUGAUACCAUUACACAGACGAGACAAAAAAAUGAGCAUAAUGAUAUAGGAGACCAAAAAAAUGAGCAUAAUGAUGUAGGAGACCAAAAAAAUGCACACACAAUAUGUAUACAGAUUGAUAAAAAAAAUUAUGAACAAAUCAUGCAAAAUGAAGUUGAAAAAGGACGUAAAAUUCUUGCCGGACAGGAAAAAAAUACAUUCAAUGAAAAUAUACUAAUAAAAAAAUAUCAAAAUAUAAUUAAAGAAAUAGUUGAUAAUGAUAAAAUAAAUAUAUUUGAAAUAGAAACCAUUCGAAUUGUUGUUAUAAGGAUAAACAAAAAAGAUCAAAAAGUUGGCAAACUUGACGAUUUUAUAGAAAUUUUUGAAAAAACUCCCAUUUCAAGCCAAAGUGAAAUAUUUGUUUUUUCAAAUAAAUGGAUGACACACAUUUUACAUGUUCUUCAUAACCAUUUUAAAGUGAUGAAAAUAUAUGCAUUCCCCCUUAGUAUCAGUUCAGCAAUUACAACAACCCAAGAAAUAUCUCGAAUCCCGAAUAGUCUCAUAUCAAUUUACGUGGCUGUGUGUUUACUUUCACCCACAAAUGAAAAGGAGUAUACAUUUGGUUUGACAGAAGCACUAAGACUUGGAAUAUUGAACGAUAAAAAGCUUUAUAUAAAAAUAAAAGAAAAUGAUUUAAAUUAUUUUCAAAAUAGAUUGAAAUAUAUAAUAUAUAAAUGUAUACAAAAUAGAGAAAAUAUAAUACAAAAAUGGCACAAAAAAAGUGUAAAUUAUGUGAAUAUACUUCAUUUUGGUGAUGUUGUAGGAAAUGCAAUAAAAAGUGUAUUUAGUAAAAUGCCAAGUUGUGAAAAUUAUAAAAAUGGAUAUAAUAUUUAUGGAAUUUAUUAUGAAUUAAAAAUAUUACAUGAAAUUCAUAAAAUAAGUAUGCUUUUAUUUCUUGAUAUUGAACAAGUUAUGACAAAAUAUAAUUUAAAUUAUAAAUUAAAUCAAAAUUUUCUUAAUUAUUAUACUAAAGAUAUAAUUAUAUUUUUACACAAAAAAUAUUGUUCUAAAGGGAAUAAUGAAAUUCCUAUUAUUCAUUUAGUAGAUAUAAAUAAAAUAAAACCAGAAGUUAUAGUAAAAGUACCAUUGUCUAUAUUUUGUAAAGUUUUAUCUCCUAUUGUUUCAAUUUCAACAUGUUCAAAUUUUAUGUCAUUAAAUAUGGUUAGUAGAUCCAAAAAAAUAGACAUGAUGAAUGGGCAAAGUUUAAAUUUUUUAUUUAUAAAAAAUGUUGGAAAUAAAUCAGAAACAAUUCGUGUAAUUUAUACUAGUUGUAUGAGUACACAAAGUGUCAUUCUUAAAAAUGUUAAUCUAUGUUUUGAUGUUGCUUUGUUUAUUAAAAUUUUAAAGGAUUUAAAAUUUGAUAUAAGUUUGAAAAAUAAGACAACGAAAAAAUAUAAAAGCAUAUUUAACAAAAUGGAUAAAGACCCCAUUGCAACAUACGAGUGUAAACAAAAUGUGUAUCACUUAUUAAUUAAUGGAAAUAUAGAUAAAAAAAACUCCAUUUUUUUAUUUAAAAAUUUUAUAUUUCAAGAUAAAAUAAUAUUUAAUGUAUAUAAUUCUGGAACUGUUUGCCGAUUAAUAUUACCAUUAUUAUGCUUAUAUAUAUGUAAGCAAAAUUUAAAAGCAAAAAAUGAAAAAAAAAAAUUAUUAAAGUUUAUUAUUUUAAAAGGAAAUAAACAAAUGGAAUCUGUUCGAAUUAUAAGUCCAUUAGUUAAAGUGAUUCAAAAAUCUUUUAAAUAUAUAAAAAUUAUUUAUCUAAAAAAAAAAAAUUAUUUACCUAUUCAAAUAUCUGUAAAAACAGAGGAAUUAAAAAGUUAUAAUAUCUUUUUGUCAAAUAAUAUGCUUAUUAAUAAUUCAGUAUCGAGCCAAUUCGUAUCCUCUAUGCUAUUAAUUUCACCUUUUUCAGAAACAAGCACAUGCAUACAUUUGCUAUAUAAAAAAGUUCGUAAAAAAGUUUGUAAAAGGGGUUGUAAAAAAGGGUGCAGCAUAUAUAGGGAUAGAUUCUUUAAAAUACGGACGACCAAAAUUAAUUAUUACAACUCAUUGAGUAGUGUUUUUAAAAAUGUUUAUAGAAAGAGUUUGAAUCCAAAUGAAUUGCUACAUUACAAAUGUAGUUAUAACAAAGCAUUUUUAGAAAUUGUUCAUAAAAAAAAUAAAAAAUUUGAUAAUAAUAAAAUGUGUGUAAAGGGUAAAGAAGUAUGGAAUGAAAGUAAACAAAGUGAAGAAGAGACCAUAAUAAAUAUAAAUAAAUCGAGCCGUUUUUUAAAAAAAUUAAAUAAAACAUAUUUUGAAACUACCUCAAAAUCUUUUAUCGAUUUAACUGUGAAUGUAAUGAAAUUAUGGGGUGUAAAAGUUUGUGUAAAAAAUUGUAACUAUAUCAUAAAAAAGGGAGAUGUAUCAAAAAAAUGUUCCCCUUUUCCCUACUUUUUAGCAAAGAAAAAAGUAAAAGAAAAAGCAAAAGAAAAAGCAAAAGAAAAAGCAAAGAAAAAACCUGUACAACAUCAUAAAAAAAGCUAUUGGAAAAACAUGUGUAGAUAUACUUAUUUUAGUUGUUCUAAAUUAAAGAGACAUAGUCGGAAUGUAAGCAAAAAUAUUAUUAAAAAGGUUAAGUACUACAAGAUAGGAAUCAUAUAUGAGCAAAAUAAAAGAAAUAUUUAUACUGAUAAAAUAGAGAGAAAUAUAACAGUUUUAGACACAUCACAUUUAAAUGGUACUAAUGUUCCUUAUAAGCAUACAUACAUAAUAUGCAACGAUUUAGGACUUUAUUUUUAUUUUAUUGUUGGAUGUAUAAUAAAAAAAAUAAAUUGUAGUUUUGUUUUAAACUUAUGUCUAAACAAUGUUAUAAUGAAAAGAGUGAGCCUAAAAUAUUAUAAAAUAAAAUAUGUAAUGACUCAAAAAAAUGUACAAAAUUAUUUUUUACUAAAUUUGUUAUUACUAUUCGGAGUGGGCAUAUAUAUAAAAAGGGAAUCGUCGGAAAACGUCAGACUAUUUUUAAUCAUGUCAAAGGGGGUGCAUAUAAGAAUAGAGAAAAAACUAUAUAGACAUUAUGUAAAAAGGAAAAAAGAAAUUGUCAAAGUUAGCAAACAAGAUAAGCAUAGUACUGACUCAAUGUUUGAGCCAAAAAAUAAAAUAAAAUAUCAUGUCUUUGAAAAGAUGUACAUAAAUUAUUACUUUAAUGAUGUAAGAAGAUUAUUAACAAAAAUAGUUAUAGAUGCAGAAUAUUUUUCAGAUGAUUUUUUUCCAAUUUGUGUUUUAUUUUGUUAUUAUUUAAUUAUUCAUAAAAGUGAAAAUAUAAUAUUUAAAAUAAAAAAUAUACAUAAUCAGGAUAUUAAAGAGUCAAUACGUAUAAACAAUGUUGUAUAUAUACUUAAGAUGUGUUUCCAAAAUUUAGUUUUUAUUUCAUGUGACAGUAACAGUAUAUACAUUACAAGGAUUAGAAAUUGUAUAGACAAUUGCUUAUUCAGUAUAAAUAAUAAUAAAAAGUAUUUGAACUGUUCUAAAAUGAAUUAUAAAAAAAAUAUAAUGUUUUACAACAACUCUAAAUAUGUAAUGAGCAGUAAUAAUAUAUUAUACUUAUUUAUAGAUACAAGAAAUGAUCACCGAAUUAUUUUUAUGACUACUAUAUUGUCACUUAUUUUUCAAAAUAUUUUAAUUGAUAAUUGUUUUCAAAUUAAAAAAAGUUAUCCUGAAUUUUAUGAACAUAUCAAGUUAAAACAUACUUCACCGAUUUAG